AUGCAGCGGGAUGCCGAGUGGGCGCGGGACUUCAAAAGCGAAAAAGAGAAAAGUCGGAAGAUCAUGGAGAAGAAGGAGUUUAUCCAGGAUUUCAUGCGGGGCCGGGACGAACUCCGGCGGACGCAGGAGAUUCGGAAAGAACGACUGAAACUGCUCACGCCCGCGCAGAUGGAGCAGCG